UGAUUGAAGGAGGGCCUCCGGGGAGGAGGGCACGAGGGGCUGGCCUCGCCUACACCCUCCGUCACGGUACCGGUCGGCAGUCAGCUCCUGCGCUCGAGUUCAAAGAUGGCAUUAGCAAGUGGACAUUGGAUUAGAAAAGAAAUAACAGGAGACCCUCCUAGCCCUAGGCAUGGACAUGCAUUGACAGUGGCCGGCGACAUAGCAUUUGUAUUUGGAGGAUGUUCUAUGCAUAAUUCCUUUGAUGAUCAGCCAACAUAUUUCAGUGACUUCUACAUGUUGACAAUUUCUCCUACUGAUUUGACUUGGGAGAGGAUACCACAGGAUGGACAUAUACCUUGUGCCAGAGAAGGACAUGCUCUUUGUGUAGUAAAAGGGAAGAUAUAUUUAUUUGGAGGUUGCUCAACCCAGGAAGCUGAAGAAUGUCUUCCAGGAGUCCACAGCUUUGACCUCAGUUCUUUAACCUGGCAAAAGAUAAAAACCACCGGUGUUGCACCACGGACCCUUAGACACAGUUCAGCAGUAGUAGGGGAAAACAUCUAUGUUUAUGGUGGAGUUCACUAUGGAAAAACUGUUGAUGACUUGUAUAUGUUCAGUACAGUAUCUCUUAAUUGGACCCCAGUCAAAACCACUGGUCCUGCACCUGGUGCCAGUCUUCUUCCUUGGAUAUUUUGAAAGCAGGAACAACUACACAGAAAAACCAUGAGUUGCUGUUACCCAAA